AUGCUAUCAGCCAAGCUUGCUCGGGGUAUACGCAGGAAAGUCAGCGGGCUUUUCGUACGACCAUCGUCUGAGAAUAGUGAGGGAUCGCCAGACGCAAGGCCUGAUGCAGGUCUACGUGCCAGGACGCGGCCAUCACUUGCUCAAACACUUCCUGAGGACGUUGUUUGCGAGAUAUAUUAUGCGCUAGCUGCGAUAGACCCACCGAGAUACUCUGGACCAUUACACGCGCUAGAUCGGGAGCUUCAGUAUGUCGAGUCCGAGGGUUGGGAUACGGACAUCCACCCCUUGUGGACGGGCCCUCGCGCAGUGCCGUGGAACCUAGAUCAAACUACUCUGCUACGACGAUCGUUAUAUUCGCCUUCAGGCUCCCUAGGAUGGAUCUCCUUGACCCAUGUCAGUCGUCUCUAUCGGACUGUGGGACUGGACCUGGCUCUCUUAUGGGGAGGGGUUGUUCACGUAUUCCCCGCUGCGUUGGAUACGAUCAUGAUGCGCGCUCGCGGCGCACCGCUCUCGUUUGAUUUUGGAGCCUUACAGGGCUCCCUAAGCGCGCAAGAAAGUGUAUACCUGCAGCUUGCGAUGGACAAUAUCACGCAUGUGGGCUCUCUGACCACCGGAUGGUCUUCGCGUCGCCCACCUAUGCCGUCCGCACGAUGGCUAGACAUAAUCAGUGCAACACCCUUACCCCGUCUUCAAUUCCUGCACAUCGAUGGUGCUAACGACCUCGGCUUGAGGCAUGCACCCAAUCCUUCGAAUCACAACGGAUCCGGUCGUUUCCUUGACGCCCCUAUGUUGAGCAGCUUGACUAUGAAGUCAACCCAGUUCUUGCCCUUUCGCACCCCGUUUCUCCGGUCUCUUGUUUUGGGGCAGAAUGAAGGCGGCGUGCCUUCGGCAAUCCUUCUAAGAGCCCUCCAAACCACUCCAUUGUUAGAAGAACUUGAGAUCUCCUACUCUCUUGCCGACGCCACACAUGAUCCCGAGCAGACCCCUGUACACCUUUCCCACCUAAUCUCCGCGCGAUUCUACGAUUCGCUCGAGGAUAUUGCCAACCUCUGGCGCCAAAUUCGUGCACCAUUGACCUGCUCCCUUGUCGUUCAUCUCGUGCACUCUAGCAUUUUCAUGCUCGGAGAAGAACCAAACCGGAACGGCGACCUGCUCAUUUCAGCGCUCCUGGAACGUCUGCUUGAUCCGUCGAUCAACGCAUUCAGUUUCACGUAUUCGCGAGGUGGAUGUGCCAUCGCACUCGCCGUCGGACGACCCGGAUCCUUGGACCAGCCAACGAAUCGCACAGGCGUGAUCAUGCGAUACGACAACGUCGUGCGCCACUUCUACUCGAUACCACGCCUGAUCUCUGCCUUUGUGGCAGAGUUGGCGCUGGAGAACAUCACAUACUUCCAUGCAUCUCCCUCUCCGUCCCGCAGUCUUCUCGGACGCGCGGACGCUGAUUUUGGCGUGGAGGACAUCCACGCUAUUGUAUCGAGAUUCACAUCCCUCACAUCUAUAUCUCUGAGUUGGAUCAUGCGACGCUACCAGUCCUUCCUCGAGUCGCUCGGGACUGUGGAAACGAGUGACGGACAACUUCCUAUCGCAUUGCCGAACACCCCAACCCUCAUUUUCAUAUCGGUCGACGAGGAGGACAAGCUGAUCUCCAUCGAUCUCGAAGAGGGAGGAUUGAGGGCCUCUAUUGAACAUCGCUACCGCGACUUGGCCAAGGUGCUUUCAGAACGCGCGGAUGCUGGAUACCGUUUCUCCCGACUAGUCCUGAGAGGUGUGAAGCAGGGCGAGAGCGAGCUCCGGGACGCGGAUCAGCAUGGGUUGGCUACAGUGCGCGCCCUGGUAGACGUUGUGGAGGACGCUCGAUCCGUGUCUCUGAAGUAA